AUUACAGGACUCUAAACGUUAGGGAUUGUAGUUUAGUUGUCCGACCGCAAUACUCGAAAGUGCAUUUGCAUUAACCGAAUCGCACUACAUUUCCCAGGCAGCUAAGAGACGUUGUUAUACUCAUCGUUUACCUCGGUGCAUUAAGGUACAUCGGUGUCUCUGGAAGGUUGUUAAAUUCUACGAUAGACACAUCGCUAACCGUCAAACAGUAUUAAAUUAAAUUAAUCCAACAACAUGGACGUAAUCGAAACAAUUGUAUUACAGGAAAGUGAAGUGGAAGGAAAGGAAACGGUCGUGUCUAGUGCGGACGCUGUUAAAGCUAAAGCAGAAUUCAUUUGGACGCUGCAGGCGACAUGGCACCUUGUCAACACCCGACUUGAAAUGGACCAGGCCUUUGACCAGCCAGUGUGCAAGAAAAAGAAACUUUGGGAGAUAGUGGCAGAGAAGGUGAAUGCCAGGCUGAGGGAGGCGGACACCACGGACAUCACCGUCAAGGCCUAUGAGUGCGAUCUCAAAUGGAGGAACCUGCUGGCCACAUACAGGAAGAACGCAGAGCGGGCCAAGAGGCUGGGGGAGGCCAGCAUCCACUGGGAGUUCUUCAAGCCCAUGCACGAAGUCCUGGGAAAGAGUAGAGAGGAGAUUGAGGCCCAGCGCAGGGCCAAGCUCAAUGGGACGAGAGUGGGUAAGGCCAUAGCCAGCAAGCGCUUCACCCCCAUCCUCCCCACGCCCACUGUGACAGCCACCCCCUGCCCCGCCCGGCCUCCGCAGGAUGUCCUCCAGCUGUACAUGGAGCUGCAGGAGAGGAAGAUGAACAUGUGGGCCCAGCAGAAGGCCCUGGAGGAGAGGAAGAUAGAGGCCAUCAACAAUUUGGCCCAGGCCAUCUCCAGUCUGGCUCAGAAGAACACCACGCAGAUGCCCAAGGAUGGACAUUAGGCUCGAACACAUAGGAACUUCUUUAUCUGAACCUUUUACCACCCGCACCGACCGUUUCUGUUGUUGAGCCACACAACAGAACGGUUUGAGUUUGGCCAGUAUGAACUCUAUAGAGAAGACUGAGGAGUGGAUUCGAUUCCUAUGUCAUACUCAAACAAAUCAUGUUUAUACUUCAAGUAGAUUAGUUUGGGGAUUAUAUCUUAUUUUUAUACCAAGGUUAAAGCAUGAAUAAAAAGUAAAACUAUCACUUACAUAGUGCAUCCAUCCUAUCACCCUAAUAGCACUUAUUGAUAUUAUUUUUUUAUAUGCAGGAGGGAGGCAGCUAUUCCCAUUUAUUCACUCAGUUACACACAGCAGCACUAAUUUUUGCAGUUUUUGUUAUAACAGUGAUAAAGUAAAGAUGAGGUCAUUUUGUAUAUUGGGAUUGUAUUGGUGAGCAUACACGGUGUAAGUUCAUAGGGUCAGGGUUACAUCACCUAUAAAUUAAUCAGAUUAACCACCACAUACAGAAAACCUGUGCUGUGAACACAAGAAGUUGAGAGAUGUGGGUAACAUGACAUGUUAAGUGCAAAUUAAGGUAACAUAUUAGCAAAGACUAAACAAAUUAUGUUUUCAAAUCAAAUGUGUGCAACGUAUGUUUGUUAUAAAGUGAAGCAGAUCCAAUGCCAACGCCUAAACAGAGCAUCCAUGGAGUAAGGGUUUGGAACUAGAUGCAAAAAUUUAAUUUAAACCAACCUAUUGCUGUUCUUUUAAUGCUGUGUUUAUAAUUGAAGGAGAUUAUGAAUUCAGUGCUAAGAGUUAGGCCACACUAGCCAUAACAGAGCUGUGGCUCUUUAUUGUCCUGGCUACAAUGCUGUUUUUUUCCUUGAUGUAUGGUGUGCAAACGUAUUUAAAUAUACUGCAAAAUCAACAGAGUGAAUCUAAGAGUGGCAUGAAUGUCUUUAAUCAACAAACUGUUCAUCUCCCAACAUUAAAUAAUUGAAAAAGG